AAUUUAAAGAUAAAAAUGUUAAAAUAGAAAUUAUUUGAAGUUUGGGACCAAGGAAGACCAUUUUGGAAGUGGGUUCAAAAACCCUAUGGUCCACUAAUAAAUGGGUUUAAAAUCAAAGCCCAUUAGGACACAUUCUCGCCGUCGACUGUAAGCCGGCGACCGACGAACGAAACGACGAGCGGAACCCUUCCAAAUAAGGAACAGAAUCGAAAACCGCCGUCGCCAAGAUCCCAUCACUUCAAUUGUUUUCGCCUCAAAUCUCAGCUGCUGUGCAAUACAAAAAGUAUCGAAAGAGGUGGAAGACGCUAUCCAAAGCCAUGGCCGGAAGAAGCCAUCAGCCGAAUGCGUUGAAACGACGCAAAUUUCCAUUGAACCGAAGCCCGAGUGAUGAUCGUCGAGCCCAUCAACGUCUUCCUUACUCAUCUUCCGUCGGCGGUUCUUCGAGGGCUCAUCAGGCAAUCCUUCUCGAAGAUUGGAUAUCAACGCAGCAUCGAGAGAUUCAAACUCUCCUCUCCGACAACCAACGGCUUGCAGCCACUCACGUGGCGCUCAAGCAAGAGCUAGCAGCGGCCGAGAAAGAGCUUCGGCUCUUAUCGGCCACUGCGUCUAAAGUCAAGGCCGAGAGAGACGCAGAGGUGAGGGAGGUUUAUGAGAAAUCGCUGAAGAUGGGCGCUGAGGUUCGUGCCAUGGACGCUAUGAUGGCAGAGCUCGUUCAAGUGCGGGCGGAUAUACAUAAGCUGAGUACCGUAAAGCAAGAGUUAACGACGGAGUUGCAAGCAAUUCGCGACGACCUUUCUAAAACCUCUUCAGAGUCACAGCCAUUGCCGUCUAUUAAAGCUGAAAUUGAUAGAAUGCACCAUGAAAUUCAAAGAGGAAGGGCUGCUAUUGAAUACGAGAAACAGACACGCGCUAGUAAUCUUGAGCAGAGUGAGGCCAUGGAAAAGGGUAUGGUUGCCAUGUCUCAGGAAGUUGAGAAAUUGCAGGCUGAACUGGCCAAUGCUGAGAAGAGAGCAAGGGCUGCGGCAGCUGUAACGAGUCCUUUUCCUGGUUAUGCUGCAACUUAUGGCCAUCCUGACAUAAGAUACAGUGGGAGCUCACAUCCCCCUGACCCUUAUGGCAUGCGUCAGGUUCAAGGAGGAGUUGGUGUAAAUAUUGCCUCGCAAUACGCUCACGCACCACCGACGCAUGGACCCCUUUACAGCGUGCAACCAGCACCACCACACAUGCAAUAAACGGGCAGAGCAAUGUAUGGACAAAUUUUGUGCUCGAUGUGGAAGGAGUCUCAGUGUCCUAGACUCCAUAACAGGCGGAAGGCACUGUAAAUACUGCCGCAGAAGCUGUUCUUCCAUCGGAGGAAGUUCUUUCGUCCAGGAUCGCCGGAGAGGUAUGCCACUGUCAUGUACAUUUUAACUUGUUAGGGGACCCUUGGCAGUUCUGAAAAGUGUUCAAUAUCUAAAUUUUGGCAUCUCUUUUGAUUCACUGAUUAAAUUUUGGAAAUAUUCUUAAGCUCGUUGUAGAACCGUAAUGGAAACAACAAGGUACCAUUUCUUCUCAUCCUUUCACAUUUCAUCAAUUAUGAAAUGGAACUUGAUGGGAAGAAAUUAAUAUCCGUCUA